AUGGAGAGUCGCCGCUUUACCCUCUCCAGAGCACUCGGUGUUUGCGGCGAAGGUCUUCCAUUCGUUUUUGAAGCGAGCCAGUCGGUGGGGAUGUGCCCUGGCUACUUCUUGGUCUGGGUGGCACUGUUUCUUCAACUCGUUUCUAUUGGAAUGCAUACCUGUAUGAAGCUCAGCAACGAGCAGACCGAGGAGCAACGCAUCUACAAGGAGAUGCUCAAAGAGCAAGAGAGCUACGGCGCGAUGGAGGAGCAGGCAGCAUCCUUUCAAGCAGCGGCCUUUCAGGAGGCAGGCGCCUACUCGGGCUACGAUGCCACCUAUGCCACGGCGGGAUACGAUGGCAGCACCGGCUACGACGCGGCUGGCGCGCAGUAUGCGGGGUAUCCAGCGGCUGGGAGCUUUGGAGGCGCCCCGGGUGCUUCAGUGAUGCCGCAGCCCGCAGGGAUGCCGCAGGGUGGUUCCACGGGCAUUGAUUGCCGUGCGCGUGCGGUGGAGCUGACGGGUUUGCAUGGGUCCAUGAAGAGGCAUGGCAGUUUGCUGCAGGGAUUCCUCGGCGAGGCGACCGACGAAGCGGGCGCGAACGUGGCUCGCUCUUUGAGGAGGAACUCGCUUUUUGGGGACCAGGCCACCAGCCCAGUGAAGGCAGCCAAGGGCGUACCAGAUGGCACGGUGAUGUUGUUCACCCUGGUUUGCUUGCCACUGGUGCUCACGGCCUUUGCCUUCUUCAUCAUGGGGCGAGCCGCUGAGGUUCCCGCCGGUGCGCAGCGUGUCCGGAAGUCCCGUCAACUGACGCGCGCCGUCGUUUCGCGCCGUGAGCGGCGCGUGCGCGUCGGCGGUGUGGCGUGGCGGCCCGCCUCGGCCCUUCCCAGCCGCCCUGGAACCACCGCCUUGCCACUGGUCAUCCAUCGCGUUGCGGCGAGGGCGGGCGAGGGCGGGAGUGAGAGUCCCACCGACGGCGACCCGGAGGCGGGAGACGAGUUGGUGCGAUGCUGGGACUCAAGAGUUCGGGGCAACGAGUUAGAUGAGACCUAUCCCAUCGCUGGGCAAUCACUGCCGCCCACGCUGCCGGUGUUGAGCCUCUCACGGCCUGGCAGUGCGUGGGGGAUGCCCAGCUGGAGCUGGGCCGAGUUAGCGCCCCCGACGUCCUCCCAACUGCCGGAGGAGCCCCCGAAACCGAGUCGACGAGUGCAGGCACGCUGGCAAGAUGAUCCGGACGACGGCCCUGUGAAGAACCCCAUGGGUGUCUCGGUGCGCUUGGAUGGCGUUCUGUCGCCGACACCUGAGAACAGGACGGUGAACGUCGUGCGGGUCAAGGAUGGCAGUGUGAUUCUUCGAGCGCAUGUCUCGGAGAACCAGGAGUCCUCGAGCAUUAACCUCCUGGUGCCCUCGGACGGCGCUGUGGAUCCCUUCAAUUCCCUUCAUGUGGGUUCUUUGGGAGACGUUCACGCACUUCUGCCAGUUUGUGGAGAUGACGCGCUGACUCAUCUUCCAGAAGGUGAACGGGUUGGACGGCAACGUGGAGACGUGCGGUAUGGUGUGGUCCGGGCAGGCCAUGCGAUCGAGACCUCGCAGGGGAGCUUUGUGGAUGAGGCCUUUCUUGCAGGCUGGUCGGAGAUCCCGCAGUGCCGCUGUGGAUUAGAUGCACACCAAUCCACCAUGCGCAGCAAGGAAGGUCUGGAGCUCUCCCUGCCCUUGCGCGACGGGAUCACGUUGGCUGCACAGGCCUGGGGUCUCCGUGGCGUGUCAUCUUCCUUGCACGGACGUCCGCUCUUGGCGCUGCAUGGGUGGUUGGACAACAGCAACAGCUUUUUGGAGUUGGCCCCUGCACUGGCUGAUCUGGGCUUCCUCGUGGUGGCACCUGACUGGCCCGGCCAUGGACGAUCACAGCACAGGUCGCUGGAUGCCAGCUAUUUGGCGACGGACCUGCCGUGGUAUGCGGCAGAAGUGGCCCAGGAGUUAAGCUGGACCCGCUUUGGGCUACUAGGCCACUCCAUGGGCGCAGCUGCUGCCACCUUAAUGGCCGCCAGUCACUAUCCGUCUGAGGAGGCGCUGGUGGCGCUGUGCUGCGUGGAGAUGCUGGGACCCAUUGCACGGCCGGCGAGGCACAGUCCGCAGCAUCUACGCAAGGGCCUGCACAGCCGUGAGAAGUUCUUGGCACGGCAGCUUCGAGGGGUUGAGAAGGUCUAUGGCUCGCUAGAAGAUUGCAUUCAAGCUCGCCUGCGAACGGUCAAGGCCUUGCCGGGCGAUCAGCGCCUCACGUCCUUGAGCGCCCGACGCUUGGUGGAGCGCGCCGUGCAGACCUUCGAGGAUGACGCCCUGGGGUCCUCCUGGCGGUUCAGGCAUGACACGAGGUUGAACAGCCCAAGCCCGUCCUACUACUCUGAGGAGCAGGUCUUAGUGCUCUUGCGCCACAUCACAGUGCCAAGCCUUCUGCUGGAGGCAGACCCCGAGGGUGGCCAUGCUUGGCCAAGAGAUCAUUUGUGGUGGGAAGCUCGCAAGGCAGCGGUGAAGGGCCUAAGAUGCCAACAGCUUCCAGGAGGUCAUCAUCUACACCUGGAUGAGGACACAGCUCCAGCCUGUGUGGAGGCCAUUGCAACGUUCUUGCAGGAGCAGGUGAAGAUGCAGGGCUGGGAGGAAGUGGAGCUCAGU